UUUUUUUUUUUUAAUUUCGUUAUUUCAUAUUUGAUCCAACUCUUCUUUGGCCCACUCCACACAAUGUCAUUAUCUGUCGACGAAGACCCCGAAAAGCGCAAGCGCACCUCGUCUGUCGGACGCUUCUUUGAGAACUUCAAGCAUCGCCACGAGAACUAUGGCAAGCUCGAGCGCACUUCGUCCGUCGAGGACAUUAUGAAGGUGCGCAGCCCCGAAGGCCGCGUCUUUAACGUCGUUUAUUAUGGAACCAUGGAGGCAGACGAGAGCACGGGCAAGGCCGUCACCGCCAGAGCUCUGCAGUUUGUCGAGCAGAACCCAUCCAAGCGCAAGAUGACCAUGAAGGUCAGCACUCAGGGCAUCACUCUGGUGGACGUCGAGACAAAGAUUACUGUCGAGGCGCACAUGCUGCAUCACAUCUCGCAAUGUGCCUACGACACGUCUCCGGAUCACUACAAGCUCAUCUCGUACAUUGCAUUCAACAAGGAAAAGUCCAAGUACUUUUGCCAUGUUUUCAAGCACGAGCCAACGGCUGCUGCCAUCCACGAAGCAAUCUCUGUUGCUUUCGAAGAAGCGUUCAAAAAUUAUUCAGCAAACAAGAAGGCCGCCACGCCAGCAGCCCCGGCAGCUGCCACGGCUCCGCUCACCACUGCCGCCAGCGCCGCGUCUGCCGCCGGCUCCAGCCCCGCGGCGUCAGCACCACGUUCCACUCCCAGCCUGACUGUUAGCAACGGCGAGGACGGAUUCGAUGGGCUGGCUCGUCAGCGCACCGCAUCUGGAUCCGGCCGCCCGCCAGUUCGCCAGCCAUCUCCCACGCCAGUUUCGACGGGCAACUUGAUCGAGUUCUAAGAUUCACUGUCAACGGCAAGGGGGCUUUGCCGAAAUCAAGGCCACUUUUUUCUGUGUCGCGUGUUGAUUAGCUUUGUUGUUGCUUUCUCUUUUCGUCUCUUUGUGUUGUUGCUGUUGCUAUUGUUGUUGUUGCAUUUGUCAUGACGAUCGGUGGUCGUGUUUUUUUUUUUUUUUUUUCCCCGUCAAUCUGAACAUUCUAUUCGCGCAUCUUCUUGUCUGCGAUGGCAUUCAAUAACAAAUGGAGUACGCAAGG